AUGCCGACACUAACUGACGACGAACAGGAACUUAUCCAGAAGGACCGUGAGGCGAAUCCCGGGUGUUUCUAUUCCACAGCCUUCUCACAAUCUUGUCGAUCUGUUAAUGGUGACAAUAAGUGUGAGAUUAUAAAAAAGAUAUUUCGUCAAUGUCCGAACUCCCAGAAGGAGCUUAUUUCGAACCGGAAGGAGAUUACGGAAGACGAACAUGGCGGUGAAGUGACUGCUGGAGACUUUUUCAAUCGGGAAAGAAUGGAUUUACAAAAAGGAGAUGACUCGGAAUUUGGUGCAUUUUUCCAACAACGAGGAGAUGAUUUUGAGGCUCAGAUGAGCCCAUUUGACUUUCUUCGCCAAGAAAUGUUGCGUCCGUUUGAGGACUUGUUUGGUGGUAUUUUGCUGGGUCGUGGUGACUCGAAUCCGUUUGAAGGCUUAGAAGGAGAGUUCGAGCGGAUGCCAAUGCAUCCACCAUCGCCAACGCCACAUCCACCGUCACGACAGACACCCUCUACUCCUCCACACUAUUCGUUCCAGCCGUCACAAGGAAAAGGCUCUAAUGAGGCCGAUGGUCAAGCACGUGCACGAGGAAAGAGUGACAUGUUUGCAGAAUACUCAGGUCGAGUGGAAGAAAUCUAG